CUCCUCCGUCACCGUCUCCACAUCGUCGGAGAAGUUCAGAUCCCGGUUCACCACUGUCUCCUCGCACUCCCCGGAGUCCGCACGGAUUGCAUCACGCGAGUGAUCUCUCAUCCUCAAGCUCUGGCUCAGACGGAAGGAUCGCUCAACAAACUCACCCCAAAAGCCGCGAUCGAGGCGUUUCACGAUACAGCCGCCGCGGCUGAAUACAUAGCAGCCAACGACCUCCACGACACGGCGGCUGUAGCGAGCGCAAGAGCGGCUGAGCUCUACGGGCUAAAUAUUCUCGCCGACGGGAUCCAAGACGACGCCGGGAACGUCACGCGAUUCCUUAUGCUAGCGCGUGACCCGAUCAUCCCCCGCACGGAUCGUCCGUUUAAAACGAGCAUCGUUUUCGCGGCUCAGGAACACAAAGGAACUAGCGUUCUCUUCAAAGUGCUCUCCGCGUUCGCGUUUCGAAACAUCAGCCUAACUAAAAUCGAGUCGCGGCCGCACCAUAACUGUCCGGUCAGAGUCGUCGGCGACGAGAACGUCGGGACCUCGAAGCAUUUCGAGUACACGUUCUACGUGGAUUUCGAAGCGAGUAUGGCGGAGGCGCGUGCGCAAAACGCGCUAUCGGAGGUGCAGGAGUACACGUCAUUCCUCAGGGUGCUGGGAAGUUACCCAAUGGAUAUGACGCCAUGGUCCACGUUACCACCACCUAGCCAAGAAGACGUAUGACAAUAUUUCUAUCUAUAAUUUUAUUUAAUAACAUUAUGAUAAAAUUAUCGUAAUUUAUAUAUAUAUAUACUUGGUGGGAGUUAAAUUAGAAUUUGUAGAACUCGUUUUGCAAGUGAUAGUGGGGAGAAUAAUAUUAAAUUUUAUUUCUCUCCUAUAUCACAAACCAAAUAUUUUGUGUGUUGUAUAUGUAUCCUCUACUCUGUUGGAACAAGAUCGGUUUGUAGUUUGGUUUCGAAGAUUACAAUUGAAGAUAUUUUCUUAAGCUAAGCA